ACAUGACGUACCCGCAGCAACGACUACUAACAGUUGACAUUCUAAAUUUCAAAUGUUACCAACACCACAAAAGCUUCGGGCCAUUUGACCAUGUGACAACUUUUAUUGGAAUGAAUGGGUGUGGAAAAUCGAUUAUGAUAGAAGCUAUUGCCUUUGUAUUUGGCGAAGACUUACCUGAUCCCAAAAAUCCGCACAACGAGCACCUAUUCUAUGACUACAACAUUCGAUGCGUCGUGAGUUUGAAGUUCGAAAUGCCAGAUGGAUCAACGAAAAGAUUUACGAGAAUUGGACUGAAAACUACAUACACCUACAUGAUCUUCAAUAAAUACGUCACAGAAGAAGAAUAUUUAUUGGAACUUGGAAAAAUGAAUUUCAGAUUUGCUGGUCAAAAUAUAUCUGUCUACAACAAAACAACACUAAAAGUCACCCGCAAAAGUGCAGAAGAACUUGGAGCAUUUUUCGACAUAGUUUCCAACUCCAUUGAGUUCAAACCAGAAUACGAUGAGCUAAAAGCGAAAUUGAAUUUUGCGGAGAGUACUGUUCUCCGGUGGGCAAAAAUGAUUGAUAGCAUUGAACUAGAAAAAGAAAAGUUUAUCACCUUGACGCUUUACAAGCUGUAUUUAUGUGAUAAAGAAAUCCAGGAAACCAAGGAGAAGUUUGUCGCAGAGCAGUUAAAAGUGAACGCAAAGAAUGCAAAGAUGCCAUUAAGAAUUUCAAGAUACUCAGAAGCAAUUCCGAAACAAACUCCAUCACCAAACUUUAAAAACAAUGCGAUUGUUGUCCGACCAAAGACUCACAAUCAUUACGACAAUUUGAUUACGGUGGACAAGCUGAACAGUUAUUUGAAUGAAAAAGUGACAGAACGUCGGGAGCUUCUUCAAUUUGCUGUGAAUCAUCCAAACAUGAACAUUCGGUUUUCUGAAGAAGGCCCAAAUAUCUAUGCAAGAGAAAUUGACUACACUGAAUUGCCAGAGUACUAUAAGAAGGAAAGUGACGAUAUUAUAGCUACUAGCUAUAAACGCUCUAUGCUUGAAAAAGAAAUCAAAAAAAUUCGUCAAUGUUGGUUGGACGAGAAUAAUAUCAAGGAUGACGCAAAUAUCGAUAACAUAAACAUGAGAAUCAAGGAAGCAACUACGAAACAUACAUUGGCUCUGAACAUUGAAUCAGAGGCACGUUUAAAUUGGGAAAAACUGAGAGUCAUGCGAAGUGCACGUUUCAACAACUUUAUGGCACCUUUACAAACGUCACUGAGCAGAAUUUACGCUGAAAUCGCGCAGGACGAGGAUUCUCUCGCUUUUCUUAGACCAUUGGACGAGGAAGAGCCCUACUUGGCAAUUGACGCAUUUGUGAAGGAACGCCACAGUGAGCACAUUUCAACUCGAACGUUUCACGGUGGGUCCAGAAUGAUUGUUGAUUUGGCUCUCAUUUUUGCUAUCCAUGAGUGGAAACCUUCGCCACUUGUUGUCAUCGACGAUAUCGACAGGAAUUUGUACCAUGAAGCAAGUAAAAAGAUUGAGCCAUACCUCUCACGUCAGAAGCAAACCCAAUUCAUUGUGACAACAAAAGAGGACAGUUACUUUACAGAAGUCACCAAAACGAUCACUCUCGAAAACUAAUGUAUAAUUUGUAUUUUGAAACAUUUUGUUACUGGUUUUGUUACUGGUAUGUCUCACACGAUCUUCAAUUUUUCUUCAUUUAUUUCUUGCGCAUUCUCAAAGUUGUUUCUUGUAAAAUUGUUCAAAGCAUAUACACCUCGAAAAUAAAUUUCAGACUUUUA